UGAGCCUCUGCAGAAGCGAUCGGUCCUCCACGCUGUUGCUGGGCGACGGCGCCUCGGUUCAAACGGGUUCUGCCGCCGUGCGUUGCGUCUGAGGCGGAGGCACCGCGACACGUAACGUGUGAAUCCGCCUCCCUCUCUUCUCCCUUCUCCCCCCAUCUCCCAUCCUCCCUUUUCCCCCAUAUUGCCUAUAUCUUCAUCGGGGGAAGGGUCCCGGCGGUUCAUCUCUGCGGCUCCCCCCCCUCCCCCUUCGAUCGGUGGCUCGCCUCCUUCUCCUCCUCCUCCUCUCCUCCGCCAUGUAGACCCCAGGGGCCCCCUUUCUGCUUUUCGCAUGGAGCGGGCUCCUUGACGUCAGCUCUAUGAAUAUUGCACGAAGAAGCCGGCUGGCCAGAGCGACGGCGGCGGCUCGAUGUAGACCGGGGCUCUAUGGGGACCAAGGCGGCGGCGGCGGCGGGGGAGGCGGGCAGGAGGAAGCUCUGAUCGCCGCCGCUUUGGAGAAGGAGGAGACCCGGAGGCUGCUGGCCGAGAGAGGCGGAGGAGGCGGCGGAGGAGGAGGCGGAGGAGGGGGCCCCGUCCGCCCCUGCAGCGGCCCCGCGGGCUUCGUGCUCCUGCUGCCCCCGCCGCCCCCGCGGGAGGAGGAGGCGGGCCUGGGAGGCUGCGCCCUGCUCCCCUCGCCCCGCGAGGGCGGCGAAUGUGACCUGGGCGCCCGGCACUGGGGCAGCGGGAGGGGGGGCCGCCUGCCCGGGAGCGCCGCCUCCACCGGACCCGCCGCCAACGCGCUCCUCCCGCCGCCGCCCGCCCCGAGGCUCCUGCCCGCCUCCAACGCCUCCGCCCCGGCCCCGGCCCCGGCCCCGGCCCCGGCCCCGGCCUCCAGCAUGUCCGCCAAGGAGAGGCUGCCCAAGAGCAAAGUGCCCACCAAGGAGAGCGUCACGCUCUUGCCCUGCUUCUACUUCGUCGAGUUACCUAUACUGGCAUCUUCUGUUGUUAGCCUCUAUUUCCUUGAGCUGACAGAUGUCUUCAAGCCAGUUCAUUCUGGAUUCAGCUGCUAUGACAGGAGUUUGAGUAUGCCAUACAUUGAACCUUCCCAAGAGGCUGUUCCUUUCUUGAUGUUACUUAGUCUGGCUUUUGCUGCACCAGCCAUUACGAUCAUGGUGGGUGAAGGCAUUCUAUACUGCUGCCUUUCAAAACGCCGGAGCGGUAUCAGCGCUGAAGCCAAUAUCAAUGCAGGGGGCUGUAACUUCAACUCUUUCCUCAGGAGAGCUGUCCGUUUUGUUGGUGUCCAUGUAUUUGGCCUUUGUGCCACUGCUCUCAUCACUGAUAUUAUACAGCUGUCGACGGGGUAUCAAACACCAUAUUUCCUAACUGUAUGCAAGCCUAACUAUACAUCCCUCAAUGUAUCUUGCUCAGAAAAUUCUUACAUUGUGGACGAUAUUUGCUCAGGACCCGAUCCCAUGAUCAUCAACGAUGGAAGAAAGUCAUUCCCUUCACAACACGCCACUCUGGCAGCCUUUGCAGCUGUGUAUGUUUCGAUGUACUUCAAUUCAACGUUAACCGAUUCGUCUAAACUCCUGAAACCACUUCUAGUAUUUGCAUUCAUCAUUUGCGGGAUCAUUUGUGGACUGACUCGCAUCACCCAGUACAAAAACCAUCCAGUUGAUGUUUAUUGUGGCUUUUUAAUUGGGGGUGGAAUUGCCCUUUACUUGGGUUUCUAUGCUGUGGGGAACUUUCUACCAAGUGAAGACAACAUGCUUAAUCCAAACCCCCAUCGAGAACCACUGAGGUCUUUGACAGACCUGAGCCAAGAUGCCAGCAGAAUCUUACCAGGGAAAAACAGUAGCAGCAAUGAUGCCAUUUCCACUCACCAUCCUGAGAGUAUGUUGAACAGGAACCACAGAGAAACUGGUUCUCUGACCAACCUCAAAAGAGCAAAUGCUGAUGUUGAGAUUAUAACCCCACGAAGCCCAAUGGGGAAGGAGAACAUGGUCACUUUCAGCAACACUCUGCCAAGAGCCAACACACCUGCAAUGGAAGAGUCAGCUCGACGGAAUGCAACUAUUCAUGCCUCUAUGGAUUCAGCUCGCUCAAAGCAGCUUCUCACUCAAUGGAAGAACAAGAAUGAAAGCCGGAAGUUAUCCUUGCAGGUGAUAGAAACAGAUUCUGGACAGUCACCACCUCGAGCAAUUGAGAUGAGGUCAAGCUCUGAGCCAUCCAGAGUCGGUGUCAAUGGAGAUCAUCAUGGUCCUACCAACCAGUACCUAAAAAUCCAACCUGGUAGUAUGCCAGGGUGUAACAGUGCAGGUCUGUCUGGUGGGCCAAGGGUUUCCAUUCAGUCACGUCCAGGUUCUUCACAGCUUGUGCAUAUUCCUGAAGAGACACAAGAAAAUGUGAACACAUCUCCCAAAACAAGUUCUGCUCGUGCAAAGUGGUUGAAAGCUGCUGAGAAGACAGCUGGGUGCAGAACCAAUAACCAGCCAAGGAUCAUGCAGGUCAUUGCUAUGUCAAAGCAACAAGGGGUUCUCCAGGGUAGCCCACAAAGCUCUGAAGGCAGUACAGUUACCUGUACUGGAUCGAUCCGAUAUAAGACCUUGACAGACCAUGAGCCGAGCAGUAUCGUAAGAAUAGAGGCCCACCCUGAGAACAACCGACCCAUCAUUCAGAUGCCAUCAGAAGGAGAAGGAAGUGGCUCAUGGAAAUGGAAAGCACCUGAGAAAGGAAGUCUUCGUCAAACAUAUGAGCUCAAUGAUCUCAACAGAGACUCAGAGAGCUGUGAAUCUUUGAAAGACAGUUAUGGAUCUGGGGACAGAAAACGAAGUAACAUCGACAACAGUGAACACCACCAUCAUGGGAUGACCACAAUAAGGGUCACACCAGUAGAAGGCAGCGAGAUUGGUUCAGAGACCCUGUCCAUUUCCUCCAGCCGUGAUUCUACUCUUCGAAGAAAAGGUAAUAUCAUUUUAAUUCCAGAAAGAGGAAGCAGUCCAGAGAACACCAGGAACAUCUUCUACAAAGGGACGUCUCCUACAAGAGCCUACAAAGAAUGAGAGUUUGUGCUUUGGUCGGGCCAUACGACUAGCUCUCAAUACUGUUUGGUACAAGGUUUUUGCUCUCUCUCUCUCUCUCUUUAUUUUUAUUUUUUUGAGCUGAUGCUGAAUUAUUCUUGAUGUGCCAAAAUAUCGACCAUCAGCCCGACUGUUUAUGGAUGUUGCUGAUGUGUAGUAAUUGUGCAUGAAUUUGUGGAUUUCAUGUCGCAGGGGGGGGAAAAAGCACAAAGCAAGAACCUAAUGAAUGGGAAAUUUCCUAAUAGUGUUUUUUUUUCAGAGACUCAAAAGGUUUUUCCAAUGGGAACAAUGUCAACAAAAAGAGCAAUCUUAAAUACAGACACCUUAAUUCCUGAAUGUGCCAACUUUUUGAUUUAUAUCGGUCUAAGGACAAAAGAGAGGUGAUUUUUUAAUUUUAAAAAAGCAAAAGCUGUUGUACUUCACCUUUGCGGGUUUUGCACCAAAAUUUAAUACAAGUCGGUGCUGAUUCUAACUUUACCUUUUUAAACAACGUACAUACCUGCUUUACAAACACAUGAUGUUUUGAUAUGUAAUUCCUUUUCAAGUGAUAUUGCUGAAAAAUAUGAUGUUGGCUGCAUUCAUUUAGAGUAGAAAUUAAAAUAUUGACAGCUUUGUUAUAGUGGAAUGUUCACAUUAAAAGAUAGAAAAGAUUUUGUGUAGUACCUUUGAAAUGUUUCCUGGAACAAAAACAGACAUGGAUGAUAGUCCAUGGAAAUGGAAUCAUUUUCUCUUCAAAUUAGUUUUUCUGUUUAGUUACAGGUGCUAAAAACCAAGAGGUGACAUUUUAGUGAGCUAAUCUGGACAUAGUCUAAAUAUUGUGAUAGUGUUUCUAAAAAACAGGAAUCGCUUUCAGCACUAAUUCACAUCCUUUAUUUUUAACAGCUCCUCAGUUUUUCUCACUGCUGAUUUUUCUUUUUUUAAUUCAUCAAUGCGUAACUAGUGCUUUACACUGAUAAUUGCACUUUUGUUGUCGAAAUGAAAAUAACAACAGGCUACCUAAUCAGCUAGCAAUGCUGAACAGGUAUGGGAAUGUCUUUGAUGUGGCUGGAGCUCAUCUUUCUGUGUGCACCCACUGCUUUCUUUUAAUCCUGCCAGAAGUUGCGCUGCAGCCAUUGUCUCCUAUAUUAGAUAAUGUAGCACAACUGGAGAAGCCAGGUGCCUGUAAAAUACUUGCUUGACCCUUCUUUAGACUGGUGAAAUGGCCGGUGGAGCUGGGAGCUGAAAGUUGGUGGCUGCAGAGCAGCCCAGAGAGUGAUCCAUGUUGCUGUGUCCUAUCACAGGUUGGUUUUUGCCAUCUCAAAUUCAAAGUCAGGUGAUACUGAGCCAACAGAGUUUUCGUUUUUUGACUUCCUUGUGUCACCAUGUAACACCUACCUUCCUCUGAGUUCUUAAUAUCUCAGAUAGCAUACAAAAAUCUAAAAGGAUAGCUGCAGUAGCUGAAGCAGCUGGUAGAUGGUAGACUCAGAAUACUUUGGGGACAAAUUAAAAAUGAAGCUCACACUCAGAAUUGGUUGCCUCAUUUAUUUGACAUUGCACUACAUUACAACUGCUAAACUACUUCUUGCAUAUUCAUCUAAGCAGUCUUUAUUUUAAAAUUUAAAUGGCUUUUAGCAGCCAUGUUAAUAAACAAGUGCUACAUUGUGCAAAUGAUUAUAUUCAGUGAAGUGUCUCUUUUAAUAAAACUUUCAGUUAAGGAUAUGAACGUUUGUUGUUGAUUUUAGCAUGGACUCAUUGCAGGGAGGUGAGACGCCACUGAGAUAAUUUAUUAAGGGGAAACAACCGGCUAGUUUGGAGGUAUUCAGACAAAUGAAAUAUGCUGUGAAAGGGACACAAAAUUCUCUAGAGUCAUAUUUCAGUGGUGUUACCUAGGAACAGACAAUCUGUCUCUUUCCUAGUCCUAUCUCAUUUUCCACAUUUCAGUCAUAGGUCUGUUCUGUCUUGUUUCUGAAUUAACCUGUAAAGUUUUGAGAAUGUGCGUUGAAAUUGUUAUACAAACAUACAAGGCUGAAUCCUAUUGCUUAUUACAACCAGAGAAGACACAGUGAAUCAAUAUAUUUGCAUUUUGAUUCACCUGUAGGUAUUUGAGUCAAUGGAAAUUUAUUCUGUUUGGACUAAUCAGUGGGAUUCAGGUAACAUUUGUUUUCUCUUAAAAUGUGUAUUCUUAAAAAUGUUUUAAACAUAUAAUAUUUUAUUUCCUGGCUUUCCUCCAAAGUUAUUUUACCCUCACAUGUAUUGGCUUGCCUCAGAGACUGCCCAGAGGGUUUCAAAUUCAGACAGAGAUUUCAGUCUGAAUUUCCUUCAUCCACACUGAAUGCCAUCUUUUCUAGCCCUUCCACAUAGUAGCUGUGGUUUUCCAGAAACUCAAAUGUGAGAUCAUUUCAAGGCUACCAUCCCAAAGAGCAUUUAAAUUAUCCAUUAUUAUGCAUAUGGAUUUUAUGCAUAUGAAGGUCAUUCUUCUGCAAAAAGGAAGCAUUUAUUGCUAAAAGCAAGUUCAAAACCAGGGUUUUACAAAAUUUUGCAAACAUGUGAUUUAUGCACACACAAUGCAGAGAACCAAGGAAGCAGGCUGGAGAUAACAUCUUCAGAUGUACUGAAAGGCAAGUUACUGAAAACUCACAUUAAAAGGUUCACACCUUUCAAUGCUGAGGAGGGCUACAUGUUGUAAUACACUUCUGUAUCUAUAUCCCAUUUCCACCAACCCACUGUUGGCCAUCCAGUUUGAAAUUCCCAAUCCAGCUCAGGGAUCUAACAUGUGCAGCGCUGAUGGCUGGAUGCAGGCAUCCAGUCUAGAGUUCUUUAUUCUCUUUGCACUUCUGAUCCCAACUCUACAAAGAAAUCAACAGAGACCCUCUUACUGGAUUGAGGAAUUGUUUUCCAUUUAUAGGAUUUAUUAACAUUUCUUUUCUUUUUUGAAAUAUGCAGGACUGCAAAUGUCUUGUGUUUAUCAUUUUUCUGCAGUUUAAAUAACUGCAGACACUUUACUAGAUGAAGAAUUAUAGCUUAGUUUAGCAACACCAAGUGGGAAAGACUUUGAAAAAAAUAAGUCAUUGCUGGCCUAGAAAUAUAAUGGAAGAGCUUAGUGAUCUUAAUUAGAAAGGGAAAUGAUGAAUAAGAGCACAAUCCUAGGCAUAUCUACUCAAGUGUUAGGCCUAUUCUGUUCAAUGGAACUUACCCUCAGGUAAGUGUGUAUAGGAUUGUAGUCUGAAGGGUCAUCUAUUCUGGGAAUAUUAACCCAGUUUAAAUCUGUCCCAGAGCAGUCCCGGAUCCAAUAAGUAUUUGCUGAAUCCAGGGCCAUUUUCCAGACAACCCAGGACCACAUCCACUCUGCUAGGCAGUGACUUCUUCCGUGUCACCUCGGCCACUCUUAGCCAGCCACGAAGCUCUGUCCAAGCAUCUGGGUGCUGUGCUCACCUCUGCUACUGUCAGACUGGUCCACCCAUAUGACCAACAAUGAGGAAAGGAUCAAUCCCCCCCCCUCCUUCUUGCUGAUCAGCACAAGGAAAGUGUGAUGGUGGUGGUCUAUGUCUGGAUAGGAGAUGGGGCUGAAUUGUACUUGUUCCAGCUGUCCAAACUAGCCCAGGAUACUCGAGUUUCAAGCAAAAUUCAGAGUAUCCCUGAAUUUGUCUAAAGCAGUGCAAAGUCAGAGCAUAGGCAAAAAAAAAAAAAAAAAAGACCUGGGAUACUUAUCGAAAGCUGCUGUAUUGUCAUGAAGACUGUCAGUGGUCCAUUUGUAGUAAGGGUUUUUUUGUGUAGAUAAGCCCUGAGUGACUGCAACAAUUCACAGAAGAAAAAAUGGACCGUCUGAAAAUGCAGCUUGUUUUGUCAACAGCGUGUGCAUUUUCUUUUAUGGAAAUGGUUGCUUUAUUUUUAUUGCCAUUGGUUAAGUUAAUUUACCAUAUAUAAGGAUAUCAUGAGUUACUUUUCAAACACAGAAAUUCACUGCAUUCUUUCCAAUGCAGUGUGAUAUUUUUCUUAUCUAAGCUUUUUCCUACUUAACUAUCGAACAAUUUUAAAGCACUUGCAGGAUCAUUGUAAUCACAUUCUUUACAUAAAAUAUUUAAAAUACUCUUUUUUUACUCAGAAGUGCCAAAGGCUACUCUUUUUAAUAAUGGCUUCUCAGAAACAUGAUUACAAAUCAAGAACAAAAAAUGUAACAAAGAUAUACCUUGAAUUUCUAACUUCUCUGCGUAUAUCAUUUAUGGAGCCUUUUAUAAAAUGAACCUUUGUUUACAUCCCACUGAUACCUUAAUUUCAGACAAAUCAAAUAAAUUGACCGGUGGCAUCUUCUAAUAAUUCUUUUCUUACUAAAAUAGGCACCCAUUUCUUUGUUAGGCUGUGCUUUACUAAGAGAAAAAUUGGGUAAAAUACAAAAUAUGUUUUUAAAUAAGAAUUCUAUAUAAAGUAUUGUGUUCUAUUAAUAAAAUGUUAUGCACUGUUUUAAAAUGAAAACAAAAACUAUUUGUAAAUUGCUAUAAAUGUAUUUUGUUAAAUAAGGACAGAAUCAAUGCUACUGUGUGAGUUUACUGUGCUAAUAUCAUUUUAAAAAUAAAGAUUAAAUUCUUCAUUCAAA